AUGGCCUCCAGGUUUGUGGCAGUAGGAAUGAUCUUUUUAUCUCAGACCACACUUGGAUUCCUGGGGAAUUUCUUUCUUUUUUACCAUUACAGUUCCUUUCAUUACACCAGGUGCAUGUUAAGGUCUACAGACUGGAUUCUCAGACACUUGACUGUAGCCAACUCCUUGGUCCUACUCUCCAAAGGCGUCCCACAGACAAUGAGCAUUUUUGGCUUGAAACGUUUCCUCAACGAUUUUGAGUGCAAACUUUUUUUCUAUAUUCACAGAGUGGGCAGGGGUGUGUGUAUUAGCAUCACCUGUCUCUUGAGUGUCUUCCAGGCUAUCACCAUCAGCCCCACAAACUCCAGGUGGGCAGAGCUGAAGCUACACGCAGCUCAGUGCACUGGGCCCUGCCUCAUUCUGUGCUGGGUCCUGAACAUGCUGGCAGCCACCAUAAUUCUUAAGCACGUGGCUGGCCAGCAGAACAGCAGAAACAACACAGAGGAGAAGGAUUUGGGGUACUGUUCUGCGGUGGAUACGGGCAAUAGCAGUAUAGUGCUGCUCCACGUCGUGGUGUCAUCGUGCUAUGAUGUGUUGUGUUUGGGGCUCAUGACCUGGGCCAGCAGCUCCAUGGUUUUUUUCCUGCACAGACACAAGCAGCACAUCCUUAAGACCAGCCUCUCUCCCAGGUCCUCCCCUGAGUCCAGAGUCACCCAAAGCAUCCUCGUUCUAGUGAGUGCCUUUGUAUCCUUCUACACUCUCUCCUCCAUCUUUACAUCUUUUUUGACUAUUUUUCCCAAUCCGGGUAUGUGGCUGGUGAACAUCUCUACACUAAUCACAGCUUGCUUUCCCACAGUCAGCCCCUUUAUUCUCAUGAGCCGUGACCCCAGGAUAUCCAAAACCUCCUUGGCCUGCUGUGGAAGGGAUAAAAAAUUCCCUAUGCUAACAAGAUGCCUCUAA